CGACACAGAGAGCAAUCAUAUUUGAUUCCUAGUAAYUUCCCCUGGGCGAUUGAAUUCGACAUUGAGAUUACUUCCUCCUGCACUAUCUUUUUCUUUCCUGGCUCGAAGGCAAAUAAUCCAUGAUGGGAUCAAAAUCAUCGAAGCCAGUCGUCAAACCUCCAGCAGAUUGGGAACGACAGGAAGUCAGAAGACCCUUCGAGGUUAUUUCACCUUGCUCCGACAUUUCCAACCCUUCAGACUUUAACCGCGUACGAUACCAUCGAAAAUCGCAUGAGUAUAAGCUUGAACCUCCUCCUCCACCACAUCAACGACAGCAGAGCCGAAAAAAUGGUGCUGGUGCGAAACAGGGCACUCCUUUCGAUCAAAACAAACCGAUACCAAGAAGAGUAUCGAACAAAAGUAGUGGCAGCAAUCCACAUAAUAUUCCCGUAGCCGUAAAAGUAAGAAGAAGCAACAGCACAAGAGGUACUGGCAGUGAGAAAGUUCGUCGCAACAGCAGCAGCACAACAGGAACUAAUAGCGGCGGUGACAAGGCGAUUGCACCUGGAGCUUUCUACUUCCCAACUAAGGAAUCGGAACGACGAGCAGAUCGUCUUGCAAAAAGAGAGCUAAGAGCCGACCAUCAGGAGAUUGCUAUCAAGGCUAUUACUAGCAACAAGAAAAAAGASAGGAACAAGAGCAGAAUGAUCACCACAAACAUGAACAGGAUCAUAACCACGAGCAUCAAGGAAAACAUCAAAAACAUUGACAUCAAGCAAAAAACGAAGUCUAUUCGAAGAGGGGCUCGAAAAGCUGCCAGAAAAAUGAAGAAAAAGAAAGACACUUUCACACGAAUCGCUAUUGCUGUUGCAAAUGCAUGCUUGGAGGAAACGAAGAAUAUGCGGCUAGAGGAAGCUAUGGCAGCGAACACUAAAACGGAUAGCCAGUUGAUUGCGUCACAAACCUCGGAAACAUAUCCUUUGGAAAGAAAGAAUUCGGCGUUGAUGCGGAGAACUCGCCGUCGUUCGGAAAUCAUUGCUCCUGGUGACUUGGGAGUUACAACAGGUCGAAAGCAGAUCGAUUCCCGAACCAUAGUUAAGAAGGAAGACGAUGAGCAGGUAGAUAGCUUUACCAAGGAACAGGAACGCCACCAGAAUCAAAUGGACCGAGUUACUUCCGUUGCAUUGCACCAAGAAGAUGUCUACUUCGCUCGUUUGUCCCUUUCUCCUAGUGCACAGCACGGAGCUUCUCCAUGCGCGCAGAAUGGGGGUAACAAUAGAGUAACAUCUAUUCUUGGUAGCAUCAAACCUGGUUUGGAGUCGAGAACUGAUGUUGAGACUACACCCGUUGAUCAUAGACAAAAGUCUGUGGACUCUACCAUGGACACUCCCGUGAGUGAUCUUUUCAGUGCCAAUGGUUCUCUUCCGGAUAAGAGGGACGACGAUUGCCUGAAUGCAUCAAUCAAGAACAAACAGAAUAACUCAUCUCCAGUUAGCAGCCUAAUGCGUUUCUAUACCAAGACUGGACCAAUGGAGUCGUCUCCAAAGUCUUACUUCUCCAAUGAAGAAGAAAAAACAUUUCAGGUUUUCGCUGAUGAACAUAGCGAUUCGAGUAGUGAUAGAAAGGGCAAGGAUGCGACUAUUGGCAGCAGACAAAGUCUAGAGUCCAAUAGUUCUCUCUACACAGUUGAAUCAAUGACUUACAAGAAGGUAGAUGGAAAAGACUUGAAGCUUUUAGUCCAUGAUAAUGAAGUUGAUUCCGACAGAGAGACGGAUACGUUUUCUUCUUACAGUCKGUCCGUAAUGAAAACGGUAGAGUCGAAAAAAAGCAGUACCAAGAAGAAAUCAUCAAAACCUAAAGUAAGCAAAUUGGAAUCUCUAUUCCGACCAAUCUUGCCAGCUUUAUCGACAGACGAUGCACAGAGCCAGUCCAGCUAUGAUCCGUACGAGAUCAAAGUUACCGAAUCAGCACCAGGUAUCAUUCAGGCUGCGAAUUACAUGUCUCUCGGUGCUAGACGUUCAUCGUCCUCGAGUCGUAUUAGCGUACAGUCAAGGAAGAAMAAUUUUACUUCUGGAAGUCCCUCCAUGUCUGUACUAUCGAUCGAUACACAACGUGAACCGUCUCCUACUUUAUCGAAAAAAACGGUUUCCAACCAGGCGAAUCUCAAUUCUGACUUCUUAUUCACAGACGAUAGUGCCCCGGUAGUGGUCGCUCAGGAUCCUAAUGAGAGAAAUAAUUCUGCAACGAUUUCCAUCUCUACCGCUGGCGCCAGAAGUCGCCUUGCAAACAAAUCUACUCAGAAGGGCGUAGCUAUUCUUAGGAGGAAUGAGGAGACCGAGUUCGAUGGUAUUAGUGUGGAUAAUAGCAGUCUGAAAAGUGAAAGACGUGUUCGCUUCUCUAAAGAUUCUGUUCGCUUGGUACCCGCCCAAGAACCGGAAAAGUCUGAAUUUGAAAACGUUCAAUUCGUGUCGAAUUUUGUAGGGCGGUCAAAUGAUGCACAUUCACACGAAGAAACCCCAGAAGAUGAGCCCGAGAGCAGCAAGAAUUUUGGUGAAAGAGUCAAUGAGCAGGAACUGAAAUCGAUUGGAGAAGAACCUUAUUUGAGUCUUCAAGAUGCUAAGCAUGAUAUUCAGACUGAGAUAGAACGGGUCGAUUCAGUUGCAGAAAGCAUAGAUCUUCCAGAAGUGAAAAGUAAUAUGGCCAUCCGCAGAAGCUCGGAAAGCGUUCGAAGCAUUCGAUCGAAUGAUUCAUUCCCUGAGAGUAUCCUAGAAGAAGAAGAAGAAGAAGAGAGGGAAGAAGCCUCGCCAGAUUCUGUCCAUUGGACUUACAGCAAAAAUGGUGUUACUCCAUUUGUUCCUGGUCGGUCGGCCGCAAAUCCUGCAAAAUCCCCCUUUUACCGUUAUCAGAAUGCCAAAACGAAAUUCAACACUCAAGAUCUCAUCGUGAAGAGUAAGAGUCCCAAAAAGAGCCCUGCCAAAAUAUUAAGAAAGGGAUCCGGUGGUCUCGUUUCCUUAAGAGUCCAGGAACUCAAUACAAGGGUUACUGAAGUUCGAAAGUUGAAGCGAAUGAGGAAGAAAAUGACGAACCCCAGGUUACACACUCACAAUUUUGACAACACCCAGCCAGUGAGAAGUCGAGCACUUAUGAAUUACAAGACAAACUUCAGUGCUGCGGACCUCGAGAAGAGUAAUAAUAUGAUGGCUGCAAAAUUCAAUGUCAUUCCAGACGUGGAUGAUGACGAUGACUCUACUUUUUCAGCUGAGCUCAUUCCGAAUAUUGCGUUGGAAAAAGGAUCAGAAGAUGAUGACGYUAGUAGAAUGUCAGAAACGACUGGUGUCACAUCUAUAGCUACCAUUCGUCAGCACAGAGAUUCGAGUGGCCUCAGUAUGAGUAGUCGAUCAACGGCUUCGUCCGGACUGAGCAACUUGAAAAAACAGGUGUUCCGUGUGUCAGAAGGAACAAAGAGUCGUACAUCUACAAGCGAUAGCACGACAAUUUCAUCCAUGAUUCAAGAGGAAAAUGAAAACUAUCUUCCAUUUCGUUCGACGUCUAAAGUUGUAAAACCUAAUGAGCAGUAUCCCGCGGUGCUACAUUUGUCGCCAAGUAAAGGUACUCCAGCAAUGAAAUGGAGGUCAUUGGCAGCUAAAGCUGCUGAAAUGGAUGCUCUCAAAGCAAGCUCUUGCAAGCCUAGAAAAGGCUUGGCUAUUCGAAACAUGAACCAUGGAGAGGCUUUACCUUAGGUACUACAGCAUUUAGAUGUGUUUGAAAUGAAGUUAUCRAUCUAUUUUUUACGAUUGGUGUAUUCUCUCAACUUGGAGAGCAAUAAUGCACUCUCUUAUUAACGUUUGUGGCUUGACAAAAAAAGCACAAUUUAUAAAAUAUUUCUUUUCAUGUUCAAAUUAUUGUGCUUUUGCUUGUUCUUUCAUACAAUUGACACAGUAUCAGUUUGAGUCAGCAAUAGUUGGAAGUGUCUCAUUGAAUGACUAAAACGAACACCAACAA